AUGCUUAAGAGGAAAGGUCACUUUCUGAGAAGAGGCUUUUCUCACACAUCCCAUCCCGCGCAUUCAGGAUUGGCAGGGUGCCAGCAGUCAUUCUAUACACCUGUCACUGUUGCAGGUUUAGAUUUGAGGAGGGGAAGCUGGAACAUGGACCUGAAGCCUCUCGUCGACUACAACAAGAUGGACCAACAAAAAUAUCUACUGUGCGAAGAAUGUUAUGGCAAACAAACCGAUGCAUCUAAAGAACACGUUGGAAUCGAUUCUCAUCUUCUUCAUUCCGGUUAUGUGCCUUCAGAGAUGGAAGUCUCCCGAACAUUGAAGCUACUCGAAGAAACCCGGGAAUUUGAUGGACAUAACAACCUCCAAAUCUCUCUAGGUCUGAGGUUGGAAAAGUCGGAAAACGAGAAAGUACUCCUGAAUACCCAUGUUGCACGUCUUCGCUCCAUUGUCUCUGUCUUGCACAGAGUUCCUGCAGAGCUCUGGGAGAUAAUCUUCGAAAUAAUUGCGUGUUCAUCAGGAAACGAAUCCUCUCUCACAAUCAGAACCGGUUGGAGACAUCGCAUAGCCAUACCUUCCCUCAUUCUCAGUCAUGUCUGCUCCCGCUGGCGGACCGUUGCUACGGGGUGCCCAGAGCUUUGGUCUUCCAUCGAUAUCGAGCUUUACAGAUUUGGUUCGGGUGUUGAGAAGCUCGUUAGGACCUUCUUGGACAAUUCAGCAACAUAUCCAUUAGACCUACAGAUCCGUGUGGAGCCAGCUUGUGGGACAAAAUAUACUCGAGACACCUGGGAACUCAUCACAUCCCAUCUCUCACGAUCUGAACGACUACUUCUCAUUUUUCAAGACCGCGCCGUUGACUCACUUUCCGCCUUUCGAGGCCAGGAUAUCACAUUAAACAACCUGUUAUCAUUCCACAGCAAAGUACUACUUCAAGAUGACGUUCAAUUGGACGUAAACAAUCCCUUGUGGAUGGCUCUGAGUCAGGCCCCAAAACUGGUGAAAGUGCGAGUACACCGCUUGCGGCCUCGCAUAUCGCUUCCCUACCCACAACUUACCACACUAACACUCGACUUUAUAUAUACCAAUGAUGUUGGAGAACUCCUUCGAGUUCUGGGGAUCUCCAAAAAUCUUCUAUCUCUGACAUUGAAGAACAUUGAAGUUACUGCGGAAUGGCGUCCUCUCGCGACUGUUGCCUGUCGGGUAGAAUUACCAUUUUUACACUUCCUAUCAAUCAAUCUGGAGGUCGACUUCCUAAUGCAUUACCUCUUGAAUGUGAACGAUCCAGUUCUAGAGCUGUUGUUCGCCUCAUUAGUAAUGCCUUCCCUUUCGAUUCUCAAGUUGCCAUGCCGAAGUUCACGUCCUGACCAGAUGUAUUGGCCAUCAUCGCUCCUCUCUAUGCUACGACAUUCAUCUACGAGUCUACGGGACAUCUCACUUUUCUUUGAACCUUUCUAUUCCGGUCAGGCGCAUCAUUCUUGGGAAUCUCUUUCGGUACUCCUAAACAUUGUACCCCACCUCACCGACUUCCAUCUACACGACAAAGGACCACGAGAUUUUGACCGCUCAGCAACGCUCGCUAACGGUAGCUUUCUCUCGGAAUUAUCACUUCCCGAGUUCACAUAUACACCACACAAUAGUCCUGUCCUUCCCGAACUCAGGACCUUGUCUAUCCAUGGCAUUCUACUGAGUUUCGAAGUUGUGAAUCAGGUUCUCCGUUUAGCCGCUUCGAGGAGUCCUAGUCGUCUGACUACAGUCGAUGAUGUCCGUCCCUUGAAAAAUCUAUACGCCGCGUCCUAUAGGUCUCAAUGUUCAACAAAGUUCACCGUGAAUCCUCAAAUGUUGGAGGCGAUAGAGAACUUGAAAUACGAAGGGGUAAAUGUGGUGUUUGAGGAAAGGGAGUGAGCGGAUGUCCUUGGUUCAGACAAGAUCGUCCCUUUACUCACCUUGUAACGUGUCAACGUUGAUAUAUUGAUUCUCCUGGCUCUCCCGGACUACAAACUACAUGCUUUCAAUUUUCUUCACAGGUG